AUACCGUCGAUCAUCACAUCCAUCAACGGUCAAAACAUACCCAUCUAAUUCUCACGGAUCGAUAACAAACUUGUCACUCUAUAAAUUCAACAACGAACCCUUGACUCAUAUAUCCAUUAACCAUCUCCAUUUCUGAUUUCAGAAUAUUAAGCAGCGACAAUGUCAGGAAGAGGAAAGGGAGGCAAGGGACUGGGAAAGGGGGGAGCCAAGAGGCACCGCAAAGUGCUCCGUGACAACAUCCAGGGGAUCACCAAACCCGCCAUUCGGAGAUUGGCUCGAAGAGGCGGUGUCAAGCGAAUAAGCGGAUUGAUUUAUGAGGAAACGAGAGGUGUGUUGAAGAUCUUUUUGGAGAAUGUGAUUCGCGAUGCGGUGACUUAUACGGAGCAUGCCAGGAGGAAGACUGUGACGGCUAUGGAUGUUGUUUAUGCACUUAAGAGGCAGGGCAGGACCCUUUAUGGUUUUGGAGGCUAAAUUCGAAUUUGAAACAAUUUUUAGUUGCAAACUUAUAAAUGAUGUUUCAAAUGUUGUUUUUCACAACUUAGAAGUAGAAUUGUGUGGUUAUAAUAUGUAAUGAAAUAUUUACUUUAUAGUUUAAUAUUUAAUGAAAAUGUUUUGUUGAA